CCACCCGUGCCUCAUGGCGUGGGGCUACAGAGCGGGUGGUUGUGUGGACCAAGGUGGAGGGUAUAAGGAGCGCUGCGCAGUUGUCCUACCUUGUUGAGUAUCUACAACCCUGCACUCGUCUUUGGUUCUUCCUCCCUCUUCAUUCAUCUUCACUCCUCCCCAUCCACUUCAUUCCUCCCAGUCCUCUCUUUCUCUCCUCCUUUCUCCUGUCAAGCGCAUCCUAUUGUCACCGCUCCUCUCGCUCGCUCAGUGCUCUGUGGCCCCGUCGUCUUACAUCUCUCUUCCAUCACAGCCCCCUUCACUGUCCCGUCAGUCAACGAGCCACCGGCGCACGGUAGUCACCAAACCCUCCUAGUCCUCUAGGCCUUUCCUAUUCCAAUCUCCACGAUCGAACGCCGUCAUGCAGGCCGCCGAUGCCCGUGCUGCGGAUUCAGACGACCCCGACGCUGUCGCUUCACUCAGCGGUACCGUGUGCGAUCGCGUUUCCACUACUACCCCCGACCCCACCGCUCGCCCUGCCGUUGUCUUUCCUUCGCCAAAUAGAUCCAACCGCUUAGCUUUGACCUCUUCUCAAUCGCGCCCCUCUUCGUCGGCUCUUGUUCUGCCCAUCGGCGCAAGUCUGUCUCAAGACACUGUGGCUGUCGUCCAGGCCAUGGAGGGCCUUCUUUCGCAUGAGCUCGACCACACACGGCGAGCUAUUGAGCAAGACUCGCCAUUCGACUCCUCGUCCACGCUGUUCAACACGGACAACUCCACGAUGGCUCCGCGCAAGUUCUCGUUCGACCCGUCCGCCUUCCCUCAUCUCUUCGAUCGUAUCAUCUCUGACCUCGAGCUGCAGCAUCUCGUUUCCCUCCGCAAUGCGUGCCGCUUUCUAAGGAAGUACCUCGAGCCCUUUCUCGUUCGCCACAUCGUGCUUGUCUUCGAUCCAGCCACAAGAAAGGUCCACCCAAGCUGGCCGUUGGAGAGGUCUCCCUUGGACCCCACGAAGAACACCUGGCGAGCCGCCCCGGUCACCGACGCUGCGAAGAUCAUCGAUUUGUGUGAACGCUUUGUUUCAUCCCGAAUGCGCCGCGGCACUGCUUACCCGACCGAGCUUGCCACCCUCACUGAUGUCGACAUGAUCCGCGACUUCACCGGGAUCGUGACACUCCGCAGGGCAUCCCCAUGGCCACUAACGAGCCCCUUGCCACCGACGCGCGAAUGGGUUGCAUGGAUACGAGUCCUGUGUUCUAGUCUCUGGGAUCCCAACUUCGUUAACGUGUCGGAACAUGUCGUCCUCAACUUGGGCUGGGGAGUUGAGUAUCAUAGGGAUGGCGGGCGCCCUUCCCGUCCAGUCAACGUGACUAUCGCCUUCCCCGGGCCUUGGUGUUGUGCCAAACACGGACUCCAGUUCGAGAAGCAUACUCGUCAGUGUCUGCUAUGCUCGACCACCGAGCGGUGCGUGGUCAACCCUCGCCAAGAUCCAUGCACACCCGGCCCGAGUUCGGCUUAUCAGGACCCGUUGCUCGUCAACUUGGCAACACUCAUUCGCCGAUAUAUACAUCGAAACCCUCUCAUCAACGGAGAGCCCGCCUUAAUCACCUUGGUCAACUUUGACAAGUUUGCUGAGACCAUCAUCCCUCAUGUUUCAGCCAGGAACACGAAGGAGUGUUUCAUCGGGAUGGUCCGCUUUGAUUUCUCAAGGUUCGCCGACUCUUUUCGACCUUCUCGCGAGAGUAUCUCGCGCCACCUCUUAUUCCGAAGGCUCGACAAGUACAGGUCGAUAAUCGGCCCCGAGAAAUUCCGCCUUCGACACGAGGUUCCGAGUUACUGCCCAAUAGAGGUCGCCGGAGGAUACUGGAGGACUUACUAGCAGUUGUAGACAAGCGGGAUUGGUAAGGAGUACGGGGGAGUGGAGUGCAGCCUCUACAGACUUGUGUGACAAUGUGACACCCGCAAGGUACAUACAGUAA